AUUUGCAAGCAAAUAUUAAGGGUCCAAGCACCUCCAUCACCACUGCGGAACCAGGCAACACCAUACUGGCAACUGGUGGAUCCAGACAGCCACAUACUGAUGAGGCGGUUGAUGGUGAGAAAGAGCCCAUCGGUACACUAAUGAAGGGGUUGGACACCAUCGCUCCUCUGAUCUGCUCUAUACAAGAGACCCCUGAUCCUAUCCCUACUGAUGUACAAGGAACCAUUCCCUCAUGGAUCAAUGGCAAGCUGCUCCGCAAUGGCCCAGGGAAGUUUGAGUUUGGAAACACACACUACAACCACUGGUUUGACGGGAUGGCUAUGCUGCACCAGUUUAACAUUGAGAAAGGUCAUGUGACAUACAUGAGUCGGUUCCUGCACAGCGAUGCCUACAAGAUGAACACUGAAAGAGAUCGCAUCAUGAUGUCAGAAUUUGGAACCCUCGCUAUGCCUGACCCCUGCAAAAACAUUUUCCAGCGUUUCCUGUCACGGUUUGAGAUGGACAAGCCGACAGACAAUGCAAGUGUGAGCUUUGUCAAAUAUAAGGGUGAUUACUAUGUCAGCACUGAGACAAACUUCAUGCAUAAAGUAAACCCAGAGAACAUGGAAACAUUGGGAAAGGUGGACUGGAGCAAGUUCAUUGCAGUAAAUGGAGCCACUGCUCACCCACAUUAUGAUCCUGAUGGCACCACCUACAAUAUGGGCAACUCCUAUGGUAGCAAAGGAGCGCUGUACAACAUCAUCAGUGUGCCUCCUGAGAAGACAGAUGCCGAAGACACGCUUCAAGGAGCCAGAAUCGUGUGUUCUAUCGUGCCUGCAAACAGGUCUCAUCCCUCCUACUACCACAGCUUUGCUAUGUCUGAGAACUAUGUGGUGUUCAUUGAGCAGCCAAUUAAGAUGGACUUGCUGAAGAUAGUCACAUGCAAGCUGAGAGGUAAAGCUCUAUCCGAGGGAAUCUACUGGGAUCCAAGGCAGGAAACAGUCUUCCAUCUUGUUAGCAAGCACACAGGCGAGGUCAGCUCAGUGAAGUAUCACACCAAAGCCAUCUCUGUGUUCCAUCAGAUCAAUGCCUUUGAGGAGGAUGGUUUCUUGGUGCUGGAUAUGUGCUGUUCAGACGAUUGCCGAGCUAUCAAGAACUAUCUCCUCCAAAACCUGCGCAAGACAGGAGAUGGACUAGAUGAGGUCUGUUUAUGCGCAUGCACAUUACAGGACCAGGUGUUCUGCCAGCAUGAGGAUCUCCAUGGAGAUGAUCUCCACGAGUACGGUAGCCUGGAGUUUCCUCAGAUCAACUACAGUCAAUUUAACACACGGCCGUACCGCUACUUCUAUGGCUGCGGCUUUCGCCACCUGGUGGGAGACUCUCUGCUGAAAAUGGACCUCCAAAACAAAACACUCAAGGUCUGGUGCCAGAAGGGUUUCUACCCAUCAGAGCCUGUGUUUGUGCCAUCACCUAACGCCACGGAGGAGGACAAUGGAGUCAUUCUGUCUGUGGUUCUCACCCCGUCUCAGGAUAAAGGAACAUUUCUCCUGUUUUUGGAUGCCAAGACUUUUGAAGAGCUGGGACGAGCCAGUGUGCCUGUUAAUAUGCCCUAUGGCUUCCACGGCACCUUCACUGCCUCUGGAUAAAGUCUUUUCAUUCAUGAUGAAAGAAUACCACAUAGUGUUUACUGCGCAGCAGCUCCGUGGUGGUAUAAUUACAGCUGCAACAUUAGCAGAUGCCGAUGAUGCCCUUUUAGUGGCUGAAAACUAACGUUAUGUUACAUCAAUCUUCUGUUUGAGCAAUAACUUCUAAUAGUAAUGGCAUUAAUAAUCUUCUAGCAUUUUAAUUAUGAAUCACUUUCAUUCUGCAACCACAUGUAACUGACAGAGAUAUAGAGCACCAACAGGAAUACGUGACUUAUCACGGGCACUAAACCAUCUCAACCAAGUAAUAAAGA